UCCAUCGUUACACCAGAACCAUGCAUAUGUUCCAGCAACCCCGCCCUACUCCAAAAUGUUUUGGCGGGAACACCGUCAAGGCGUUGUCUAUCACACAGAUAGUGUGUGGAUCCCUGGCCAUACUACUGGGCAUCGCCAUCAUCAUACCGGGCAGUCAGUUCUCCUGGACUGGGUAUCCUAUCUGGACCGGAGCGUUUUUCCUCUCUACUGGAAUCAUUGGCAUCUUUGCGGCGAAACGCAAGACCAACUGUAUGAUCAUACCUUUGAUGGUUCUGUCCGUCCUCUCGUCCAUCCUGGCGGGAACCGCUACCCUCGUCCUUGCGGCCAUCGCACUUUCAUCAAAUGAUGUCUGGGGAUGGUGCUGGAAUAUUUUUCCAAGAAGUGAAUGUCCAAUGGGCGCCAUCAUCACGUUUGACGUCCUGCUGAUCCUCCUGGCCCUCCUGGAGCUGGGCCUGGCCAUCGCCACCUCCGUCAUGACGUGUUAUGCGAUCUGUCCGGGCUGCACCGAGGGGAGUACGGUGGCACCAGCAGUUGCCUACCAGGUCGGAGCAGACGGCAGACUGGUCCAGAUACCCGGCCAGUACGUCAUGCAGGGGGGACAGCCCAUCGCCAUGACACCGUUCCCUCCAAACCAGCCACAAUACGCCACGGCCCUUCCUUCUGGAGCCGCGUCCCUACCCUCAGGUGCCGUGGCCCAACAACCCCUACUCGUCACACAGACACCUGGCAACAUGGCUGCUGCCCAGGGGACCGCUGGGGCCGGGCAGGGUCCCAAGCCAGAAGGGAACAUUGUGUUUGUCCCGGUGCAGGGUGUCGCUCCUGCACCACGUCAGCACCAAGUAGAACCACCGGUGGCGAUAUCAACAGGUGGGCAUGGUAACAUGCAGUAUGUCAUAUGCACGUCCACACCCACAGCCCAAGCGGCAGGUCAGCAGCCGCUACAGUCCGUACCACAGGUUCAGUUCCAGCAGCCCAGCCAGGCCGCGCCCUACCCGCACCCAGCACAACUCCAGCCACAACAGCAGCCAACCGUACCCCAGGGACAAGUCUCUGCCACACCCACGGGAUUCUCCCCUCCCCCCAGCUACCAGCCUACUGAGCCUGACGCCCGUGGUGUUGUAAACCAGGCCAUGACGACAGAGCAAGACGAUGUGCCUCUCAUCGAAGAUUAAGCGGGUACUUAGUACCUUUUCAAGGAGAUCCGUGAUCCGAAGACCAUGCCCAGUGAAACCAUGUAAUUAGGUUCUACAGCAUUUCCUCAUCUAAUACAAUAAAGGCUAUUAGCAUUGAUCAUCUAAGGCAUAUUGCACCUUAGCACUUUCAUCAUUAUUAGACAAGACAACUUUCAGAAGUGACAUGCUAGUAGCAUGUUCUUCAUACAGAAUUUGUAAUGCAAACCCUGCGAGGCAACAUAUAGACUUCUUGUGUUUAACCAUAGAAAUAUGAAUAGCAACAAUGUCUGUAACGUUUGAUGAACUGUUACCGAAACACUUGAAGCAUGAUGAUCGCGGGCGCUGAAGGAAGAAUUCUAGAAAGAAACAAAGUACAGUGACUUAAAUCAAAUUAUUAGAAGAGCGCCUCUAUCAAACAAAACGUAGACAGUCAGUCGAUGUUGAUUAAAAGAAUGACAGACCACGGUAGUGCGGUUCUAUGAAGAAUAUACUGUAAGAAAACUGAACAAGUUGAAGGUUCUUGUUCUUGUUCCAUCCAUGCAGUGGGAGACAUAAUAUGUUAAACAUUGGCAGAAGAGAAAUUUCUAGGUAAUGGACCUCUUCCACAGCUACAGAUAGCAUCUUCACGUAAUUGUUGCCAACAGUGGCUUUUUUUUUUGCAGCAUUAACUUCUGGCUAAUUAGUUACCCAUGUAUUAUUUUUUUUAAUGAUGGAACAAAUCCUUUCUGCAGUGGUGGUUUCAGAAUGAACCACCUAACGUUUCCUAGCAAUUCAGGUUGCCAAUCUGUUUUGAUGAAGUCUGUAAUACAAUGCGUUAUGCAGUAA